GGCUCCCCUAGCUUGUUGAUCUCCAAAAGUGGGCGUAUCUGCUUGUGUACAAUUUACAAGCAUGGCUACCAAAGAAAAGCCUGAAGAUAGUGGUGAGGUCCCAGCCGACACUAGCACUGCCCCUGAGGCAGUCCCUGGGGUAACUGGGCUGAGAGAUAAGAUCAGAGAACUGGAGAGGAAAGUAUCUACUCUGAACAAUGACAACAGUCGGCUAAAGAACGAGUUACGAUUCACAAUGAAUCACCAGACGAGAAUGUCUGGGGAUAAAAUGGAUUCUUUACAGCAUGAAAUUGAUGUGCUGGAAGCAAGAAAUGACAAGCUCGGAAAAGAUCUAAUGAAAACGGAGGCAGACUUACAGAGUGUGAGACAUGCUAAAGCCCAGUCUGAUGCAGAGUACACAGCCAAUAUCACCUCUCAAACAACAGCACUGGUGGAGCGGCUAACCACAGCUCAAGGAGAGCAGGAGAGGGAGGUACAAGCUGAGCUGAACAAGGCGCUUAAAUGGAGGGAGAGCGUUAUCACUAAGAUGCAAGAAAUGGGCAUCAGUUUUGAAGAUAUUUUUGAAGAUGAUUCUGAGGAGCUGAAAGAAAUAGAUCGUCCAAUAGGAGAAGGGCUUGGGAGUUGGCUGGAGUCUCUUCGCAGUGGUACUAGCGCUCUGGCAAUGCAGAAAACUGGCCUCUUGAUUGUGGAGGAAGUAAAAAGAAAGAGAGAGAACAACAAAAGGAAAAUACAAGAGUUGGUGGACUUUUUGAGACAAGAAAUAGAUGCCUCAAAAGCUAAAAAACAUACUCUGGAAAAUGACGUAGCGAGACUGAGACAAAAACUUGAGAUGGCGGAAACAGAGUUUAAACUUGUUGAUAGGCAGAGAGUGAAGACACUCCAGAGUCGGCUACAAGCAGCCAUUAUUGAGAAAGACCAAUGGAAAAAAAAAGCCGACAAGUACGAAGAUGCAUUAGAAACGAUGAAAAUAAUCAACAGUCUACAGAAGUCUCUCUCAAAAGAAGAAGAUAUCAGAAAGAAGUACGAUAAGGAGCUCCAUCGCUCACAAGCUGAGAAACUGGUACUGACUGAUCAGCUCGAGGCAGCACUACAGGACAGGAACAAGUGUGUGAGGGAACGAAAUGAUGUCAUCCAAGAGCGUAACUCCCUCGCUCUGCAAGCUCAGCAGGAAUACGAGAGAGCUGAGAGGCUUCAUCGUUUGGUUGUGGUGCUAAGGAAGAAAGCUCACAACAGUGCAGGCAGUACCAAGUCACCCACGUCUUAUGAACUUUAAACUCUCAAUAAAUUAACAUUGAUCGUACCAUUUCAUACCAUUUGAAUGAACACAUGAUUGUACAAAUAACAAUCUAUUGAAAAGCAAUGUCAAAGUUAA